AUGGGCCAUUUCCAGAUCAGCCGUUCACUCGGUCCAGAAUUUGGUGGCUCCAUUGGUCUGAUAUUUUCCGUAGCGAAUGCAGUCGGUGCGGCAAUGUAUGUGGUGGGAUUCGCGGAAACAGUGCGCGAUUUGUUGAAGGAGAAUAAUUUUGCCCUCAUCGAUGGUGGUAUGAAUGAUGUACGAGUGGUCGGUCUAGCGACUUGCUGUGUGUUAAUGGCAAUUGUGUUCGUCGGGACAAGUUUCGAAAGCAAAAUGCAAAUUGGUCUACUCGUCAUCUUAACACUUUCCAUAAUUGAUUAUUUUAUCGGAACGUUCGUCCCCAUUUCUGACAGCCAAAAAUAUCGCGGUAUAACUGGUUACAGCUUUAUAACAAUGACCGAUAACCUAUUGCCGAAUUUUCAAGGAGGUGAAAGUUUUUUUUCGGUAUUUGCCGUUUAUUUUCCGGCUGCUACGGGUAUCAUGGCGGGUGCAAAUAUCAGCGGUGAUUUGGCAGAUCCACAGAAAGCAAUACCAAAAGGAACCCUACUUGCGAUUGCAGUGACCACUGUCAUCUAUUUAAUGGUUGUAAUUGCGACCGGAUCAACGUGUGUUCGCUACGCGGAUGGAUUCCAACAACCGUAUCUCAUUAACAGCUCAUAUUUCGUGCCUGACUGUGCACACAAUAAUACAUGUCCUUACGGGCUCAUGAAUUAUUUCCAGGUACAACUCCUACGAUUUUUGCCAAAUCUCGUAAUAGUAAUAGCUAAGGCAGUGGCGGAGUUAAAGCAAGCCGAUUUGUUCACACACGCUAACUUCGGCGAGCGAUUUGCCGCGGUCUAA